AUGUCACUUUCCCGAGGAAAUUCAUUUCCCAUCACAAACUUUCCGGCGGCCAGGAAUCGUCCUCGCGGCUCUUGCGGCUGCGUACAACUCGCCACCACUGUGUGUAUCGUGGCCAACGUCCUCUAUAUUCUCGUGCUCUUCGUCUGUUCCACGCAAUCACACUUUCCCCUCCGCCAGGUUCAUUCUCAGUGCUCAUCUUUUCUCUCCAUCCAAAUCCAAUCUUACAUAAAGUACUCAUACCGUUUCCUUUCAUCGAAGUUUGAUUCCUAUGGACACCGCUCGAUGCCGUUUGAUUCUAGUGUAUUCCACUCUCCGGAGGAGGCUUUCCGCUUAGACUACGAGCAGAUGGAAGAGGAGUUCAAGGUGUUUGUGUAUCCCGACGGAGAUCCUGAAACGUUUUUUCACACACCGAGGAAACUUACGGGAAAAUAUGCCAGCGAAGCAUACUUCUUCAAGAACAUCAGAGAGAGCCGAUUCCUCACCCACGAUCCGCGUCGAGCUCAUCUUUUCUUCCUCCCUAUUUCUUGCCAUAAAAUGCGAGGCAGAGGGUUGACUAACGAGCGAAUGAUUGAUGAAGUAGAGAAGUAUGUAAAGUACCUAAAGUUUAAGUACCCUUAUUGGAACAGAACCUUGGGUGCUGAUCAUUUUUUUGUGACUUGUCACGAUAUCGGAGUGAAGGCUACUAAAGGAGUUCCAUAUUUGAUGAAAAAUUCGAUUAGAGUGGUUUGUUCAUCAAGUUAUGACGACGAUGAUUAUAUUCCACACAAGGAUGUUACCCUACCACAAGUGCAGCUGCCAUUUUUUCACCCUCCAGGAGGAAAUGACUUCAAGAAUAGGAACACACUUGCUUUCUGGGCUGGUCGUACUGAUUCUAGAUUGAAAGAUGAUCUAAUAGCUAUGUGGGAUAAUGAUACUGAACUAGACAUCCAGAACAACAGAGUUGAUUUUCGAGCGACUGGGCAUGUGGUUUUCAUGGAGAAACUUUAUAAAUCCAAGUUUUGUUUGUGCCCUCAUGGGCCUAUCGGCAGCAGUCGUAUCGCAGACUCGAUCCACUUUGGGUGUGUACCAGUUAUCAUGUCAAACUAUUAUGACUUGCCUUUUAAUGAUAUUCUGGAUUGGAGGAAAUUCUCUGUUAUAUUGAAGGAAACUGACGUUUAUCUGCUCAAAGAUAUUCUCAGAAGCAUAUCUGGGAAACAUUUCAUGAGAUUGAAUCAGAAAUUAGUGAAGAUCCAAAAGCAUUUCAAGUGGAAUACACCUCCUGUCAGACUAGAUGCGUUUCAUAUGGUCAUGUAUGAACUCUGGCUACGCCGCCAUCUGAUUAGGUACUGA